AUGGAGGUGGAUUUAUUCACGGCACUCGCCGCUGGAGUGAUAAUUUUGCUACUUUUUCACUACGCGUCGAAAAAGUAUCAAUACUUCCUGUCGAAGCCGAUACCCUGUGUGAAGCCGAGCUUCUUUUUCGGCAGCAGCGGUCCGCUGAUGGCUCGCAAACGCGAUCUGCCCACCCAUAUCAGGAUGAUGUACAACACUUUUCCGGAUGCCAAGGUGAUUGGUUUCUAUGACUUUAUGAAGCCGAUUUUUAUGCUGCGUGAUCCGGAGGUGAUUAAGAAGAUUUCCGUAAAGGAUUUUGAUCACUUCAUGGACCACUCACCUAUUAUGACCGGUAGCAUGGAUGAUGCGGAAGUUAACGGCAAUAGUUUGUUUGCCAAUUCGCUGUUCGCUCUGCGUGGUCAAAAGUGGCGCGACAUGAGGGCUAGCUUGAGUCCGGCUUUUACCGGCAGCAAGAUGAGACACAUGUUCGAGCUGGUGGCGCAUUGUGCCCAGUCUAUGAAUGGUUUCUUCCUUGCGGAAGCGCAGGCUGGAAAGCGGUUGGAGUAUGAAAUGAAGGAUACUUUCUCCCGGUUGGGUAAUGACGUUAUUGCUACGGUUGCGUUUGGUAUUCAGGUGGAUUCGCUGAAGGAGCCGGACAAUGAAUUUUAUCGGAAAGGCAAAGAAAUACUGAAUUUUCAAUCGGUGAAGGGUUUGGUGAAGGCCCUGCUGUUGAGAAGUAUGCCUCGUUUGUCGCAGAAAUUGGGACUUGACUUUUUCGAUUCGGCACACUCAGAAUACUUCAAGAAAAUGAUCACCGAUAAUAUGAAGCAGAGGGAGGUACAUGGAAUUGUGCGUAAUGACAUGAUACAUAUGCUGAUGGAAGUUCGGAAAGGUGCCUUGAAACAUUCGAAGGAGGAGCAAGAUCCGAAAGAUGCGGGAUUCGCCACGGUUGAAGAGUCCACUGUUGGGAUAUCGACACAUUCUAGGGUGUGGACAGAGAACGAAUUGAUUGCACAGUGUUUUCUGUUUUUCUUAGCCGGAUUCGAUACCGUCUCCACAUGCUUGGCUUUCUUGACCUAUGAACUAACAAUCAAUCCUGACAUCCAGAAUCGUCUUUAUGAAGAAAUCAAAGAAACGGAACAAUCUCUCAAUGGCAAGCCCUUGUGCUAUGAAGUGCUGCAGAAAAUGACUUACAUGGAUAUGGUUUUAUCGGAAGCUCUUCGAAUGUGGCCUCCGGCGCUGGUUUCCGACCGAUUUUGUGUGAAAGAUUACGUUUUCGAUGACGGAGCUGGAACGCGUUUUGUAAUUGAAAAAGCCCAAACAAUUUGGAUUCCAACGGUUGCAAUUCAUAGGGACCCGAAGCACUAUCCGAAGCCGGAUAAAUUUGAUCCGGAGCGUUUCAACGAGGAAAAUCGGUCGCAGAUCGAUGCCGGAGCGUAUCUUCCAUUCGGCGUUGGUCCACGGAACUGCAUUGGAUCCCGUUUGGCACUGAUGGAGGUUAAGCUGAUGGUGUAUUACUUGCUGAAGGACUUUAGCCUAGAGCCGACCGAGCAGACGCAAAUUCCGCUGCAGAUGUCGAAAAAUGUUUUUGCCCUCAAAGCGGACAAAGGUGUCUGGCUGGAGAUGAAACCGAGAACCGUGUAA